GUAAUAAUUGUUAUCAAACUGAUCUCCUGCACAUGUUUCUGACAGAUAUUUCUGCUAAUGAUUGAUCAGCAUAAGACACUAUUUAAGGCUGGGAUGAGCACAGAAACUACAGAGUAGAAGUGUACAGACUGCCACUUUGAGAAUGGAGAUGACACUGUGUUUUCCACUGUUGCUGCUGAUCUGCUCUCUCUCCACGGCUCAGCAUCAGACAGAGUCUGACAAUGAAAUGAUUCCACGUGGAAAGCAAGCUGAAUCCCAGGGAAGAGAAGCAACAAAUGUCUCUGACCGCCAACAAACCUGCACUCAAGACAUCCAUGCUGUGCUGAGAGAGAUGAGCGCCUUGUUGGCUGAACAGAGGGUGGAGAUGAGGCACUUACAGAGAGAGAAUGAAGCACAGGCAGCUAAGCUGAGAGAGCUGGAGAUGCAAAAGACUGAGGUGGACAAGCUGAAGCAACAGCUCCAAGCACAAGCAGCAGAGCUGAUGACUGUGAACGCCAGGUCAAAUGCCACAGAAAGGCAGGUGGAGGCUCUGAUGAGAGAUGGAGAAGUCAAACAGGUGGCUUUCUCAGCCUCUCUGUUGGCUUCAGGUUCAGGAGAUGUUGGACCAUUCAACACACACACUCCUCUGGUCUUCAGAUAUGUCCUCACUAACAUUGGAAAUGCCUACAACCCAAACACAGGUUUUUUCACUGCACCAGUGAGAGGAGCCUACCACUUUGAGUUCUACAUAGGUGCACAUGGACAUGCUUCACAUGCCUCAGGUGCAGUGUUGGUCAAGAACGGAGGACAUACUUUUAUUGCAUAUGAGCGUCAGCCGUCCGGUUAUGGCAGCUCUGCUAAUGGUGCCACGCUGCUUCUAGAGGUCGGAGAUGUUGUGUUUUUGCGUCUGUGGGUUAACACAAGAAUAUUUGACAAUGAAAAUCACCACAGCACCUUCAGUGGUCAUCUGCUUUUCACCAUGUGAAACAGUCCUUUCUGUAGCUACAUGAUAGCUGUGCACACACUGCAGCAGUUUAUCAGUACAUGUUGAUGGAAGUGUCAUUUGUUUUUCCUCUCUCUGGAUUUGAAUCAAAAUACACAGUGAUAGACAGUGAGGGAACUUGUGCCAGAGCUUUUUAACAUUAGAUUAAGGAGGUGCAGUAACUGAUGAGAAAAUUGUGUAAAUGUUGAAAAGUUGUUUGAUUUAUGUCACAAGCUCACGAGCAAUCCUGUAUGUUCACCUGGAUCCUGAUGAACACCAGAAACUACCUGCUGGUUGGACCAAAGCAUCCAACCAAACCCUCUCACUUUACUCUGCGACUGUUUUUACUUUGUUCUGUAGAAACUUGAAUGGUCUUGUGCUGUUAAUGUGAGAGGGGGAGUUCCUUUGUUCCUUCAGAUGCAUAAUACACUAGCUGUGUUGUUUUUAUCUGUAAAUAUCUGGACAAAGCUUUGCAGCAACAAUCUUUUGUACAUAUUAAAUGUAUUAUUUUCAUGUUCUCUUGCAUUUGAAUAAAAGCAUAAAC